GUGGUAGAAAGGCCAGACUCGGCAUGGUCUUUCAAACGGGCAUCUCUGCAGCUGUGCGAAGCGUCCUUACCGCUAGUAGGGAAUAUUCCACUAGGAAAUGCUAGCUAGUCCAGCGGAGCCGUUCUCUGUCUGGGCAUGCCGAAAGCUUUCCAACCUGGGAGCGGUGGGCAUUUCCCUUAUUCAGGAUUCCUGUCCGUCCCUCGAAGCAGCAGGACUUCCCACCCCUUCCUUAGGACGAGUGUCUGAGGCCAAAGCAAAUCUCCUGGGCACGGCUGGCUCCUUCCUGCAUCACUCAGCCAGCUCUGCAGGACAGGUGGCUUCUCUUUACUUGGCUGCCUCAGCCUGGGCUUGCUCGUCCAGUGCCUUAGGAUCGCUUGCUGGGAGGGGGCAGCCCCGGCUUCUUUCAAGCCCUGCAGCAGCCCCUUUAGCAUUCCCAAGCCCUCGAGCAUUCGCGGCCGCAGCAUGGUGCGGAGGAGCCGUGUGCGGGCAGUUCCCUUGCUGCCUGGCAGUGAGCACUCUGUGGGCUCAGACACCCCCCAAGCCUCGCCAAGGGCUGCUCUUGCUUGCUCUGAACUGCUGUGUCUUGCAGGGUGCGUCUUCCCCCUGGAGCUCCCAGUGUUGAUGGAAGAGCACUUGGGGAUGUGAACAAAUGGUUAAAGCGUAUCCGCCCCUGGCCAGGCGAGAGAGGAAGUGUUCCCAGCUCACCCGAGGUUACGAAAGGAGAUUCCAGGGCACUGCAAUCUGAGAGACAAAACCCUUGUCCUACGGGGCCCAAGCAGCUUGGAAGCCAUGUGACCCGGUGCCGACAGUCAAAAGUCACGUGCUGCUAGCUGCAUCGCCCACAGGCAGAAAACUACACACCGCAGCAGGGGAAAGGCGGAAUCCAAACGAAUGCAUUCAGCAACUAAACCAUGCUGCCAGCCCAGCAGGCGCCUCUUGAGAAUGUCGCCCUGGUGGUAUUUUAAUUCACCCCAUCAUAUGGAGUUCUGCCCCAAGCCAGCCACAGACAACGAGUUUCACCAGAGAAAUGCUGUCACAGAAUGCUGGAUGUGAAGAUGAGCUGAACAGUAUGAAACCUCAUGUCCCAAGGCGGCCAACCAGUGGUCACGAAACACCAUAUCAGAGGAAAUCCAGAAGAGCUUCUCUCCAACUUCUGUAAGGGCUAGUCCACAAUGGAAGAUCCAAGAGUUUUCUGGCUCUGGUGUUGUGAAAUUUGGUUGCUGCCUCGGACCCUCCAUUUGAAAAAGAAAUUAACGCUGAAGAAUAAUUAAGUGAGAGAUAAUGAGCACUGUAAGCGGCACUGGGAUAUUAGUCAGCUUAACGACGGUGUCGGUGACGCUAGAUUUUAGUUUGCAUGGUGGUCUGAUGGCUUGGCCCUUAAGCAGCAAUUUGACUCUGAAUCAGAGUUUGCCCACAUCUGACCCUCUUAACACCUCUGAAAGGGGAGAAGUCUCUCGCAUGUCCAUGAAGGAAAAGAACUGGCCAGCCCUCCUGAUUCUGGUGAUCAUUGUGCUGACUAUUGGAGGGAAUAUCCUUGUAAUUAUGGCUGUCUCCUUGGAGAAAAAACUACAGAACGCCACCAACUACUUCCUCAUGUCUUUGGCGGUGGCAGACAUGUUGGUGGGGAUCCUGGUCAUGCCCGUUUCCCUCGUUACAAUUCUGUACGAUUCUGCUUGGCCUUUGCCUAAACAAUUGUGCCCCAUAUGGAUUUCCCUAGAUGUGCUCUUUUCAACUGCAUCUAUCAUGCAUCUCUGUGCCAUCUCUCUUGAUCGGUAUGUAGCAAUACGCAAUCCCAUUGAGCACAGCCGCUUCAAUUCCCGCACCAAGGCUAUUAUGAAAAUUGCUGCCGUUUGGACCAUAUCAAUAGGGAUCUCCAUGCCCAUCCCAGUCAUAGGGCUGCAGGACGACGCCAGGGUGUUCGUGAACGGCAGCUGCGUUCUGAACGACGAGAACUUCGUCCUCUUCGGGUCCUUCGUGGCGUUCUUUAUCCCGCUCAUCAUCAUGGUCAUCUCCUACUGCCUGACCGUCCAGGUGCUCCAGAAGCAGGCCACGGUGUUCAUGUAUGGCGAGGCCCCCAAGCAGCGCAGGAGCAGCAUGAACUGCCUCAAAAAAGAAAACCCCGAGAACCUCUCCAUGCUCCAGAACCACGAGGCGGCCUCCCACUUGAACUCUCCCGUCAAUAAGGAAGCCGUGCUCUUCCGGAAAGGGACCAUGCAGUCGAUCAACAACGAGCGCAGAGCCUCCAAGGUCCUGGGCAUUGUUUUCUUUUUGUUUCUUAUCUUGUGGUGUCCGUUUUUCAUCACUAACAUCAUGUCUGUCCUUUGCAAGGAAGCCUGUGAUGAGGGCCUCCUGGCCGAACUCCUCGAGGUGUUUGUUUGGGUUGGUUACAUUUGUUCCGGGAUCAACCCCCUGGUGUACACGCUCUUCAAUAAAACUUAUCGCAGGGCCUUCGCCAGCUACAUCCGCUGCCAGUACACGACCAAUACGAAAUCGACACUGCGACAAAACCCGUGUCUGAAUGUUGCUUCCACGGCUUCGUACGGGAAAGACCUGGCGCUAAAUAGCUACCGAAAUGGCAAUGAACUCAACAGCAUGGAGCUAGAUGAAACUGAGGAGGGCUUGGAAAUGCAGCCGGGGACUUCAGAGCUCUCAAUAAACAGUUGCAAUGUUGUCAGCGAAAGGGUCAGCUGUGUGUGAUCCAGUCACACCCACGGCUCAGUGCCCUGCAGCUGAACGAUAUCUUUGUAAAACUGUAUGUGUUCCUCAAAGAACAAUGUAAAUACUGCAUCCUGAACAAAGCUUUUUUUUAAAUGCAUUUUUCCAGCCCACUACUUUCAAUUGGACACACACCGCAGUGAGGGUUAAGGUUCUGUAUUCACCGUCACUGCUAGAUCAAAAAUACCCGUUCCUUUGCUUACAUCGAGGAUAUGAUGCUGACCGUUUUCUUCCAGUGUAUGAACAAACAUGCUGAAAACAUACUCAGGUGGCAUUUGCUGGAGUCCAGAAUGGCCCAUUCAUAGUUAGGACAACUUUUUAAAGUUAACGAUAAAUAUAUGCAGGUCGAACCUCUCUAGUCCGGCACCCUUGGGACCUGACUGGCUCCAAACCAGACCAUUUU